AUGAAUUAUGCAGCCCGUUAUUCCAGGGACAACCCUCCUAAUCCCUUCGCCUUGCUUCCGGUGUUGCAUCAUGCUCGCUACGAUGGGUGGCUAAGGCCCGCACUACAGUUCCCCGGUCUCGCUGCACCUUCGUCCAAGAAGCCUGCUGAACGGCGCGUUUCUUUUGCAAUCGAUGCCCCCUCGCACCGUUCGCGUGACGGUAAUGCCACGCAUAAUAUUGAACUUCUUCCUGUUAAUUUUGGGGCGCAAGGCAGUCGCCCCUCCUUUGUUUUACCAUCCAGCUCAAUUCGUUCUGUAGAUAUAACGCGUCCCGUCAAGUCUCGACGCCACGACGUUCCUAACUCAUGGAAAUGGAACAAUGACCCUGCACGACGAACAAAGAAAUCAACACCAUUGAGUGCCAACGAAUCACAAAUCACCCACCUUCUCGCGGCACCAGACGUCCCACUAAUAUACGACCUGCGUCGCCCACCCACCUCUCUCCAAUUUCCAAUGUCACCUACAUACGCAGGCCGUGGAUACGAGCUCCUCCGCGUCCCACUCACGCAAGCACGGCCCAAACAAAUACGGCUCAUCAGCCCCGACUUUCCCUGGGCAUUUGACAUCGGCCCCGACCCCAAUACCGGAGUCGACGGCAUAACGUGUCUUGAAGUACUCACCGCACUGCACGCUGCAUUACAGCGCCCACUCACAGAUACAGAGUGGAACAUUGCUGGAGAAGAAAAACAUGGGAGUCUUGUCUUCGCGCGCGAUCGUCGGCUAAAGAUGCGUCCUGCGUUGUGCAGGAGCGGGCAUAGAGUGAGAUUUGCAUCUGAUGCGGAUGUACAGCCCGCGCGAAGAGAGCCUGUGUUACUGCGUGUGGACUGGCUUGAGUCGCAUGUCGUGUUUGGGGGACUUUACAAGGACGAUUCCUUUGCGAGGAGGCGACUGAUUCCGGGUGCGAGGGAACCACCCGAGACCUUGGUGGUGAAGUUCUACAGACUCUAA